UUCAAUCAUGGCAGAAUAGUGAAGUUCUUGGAGAUCGAGUUUGCAAGGUGACGUGUUUUUUUGCAAGAGUAAAUUCAAUUUUAACACUAAAAUAGUAAAUUAUAUCCUUACACUAAGAUGUUAUUAAUGUUUAAAUUAAAUGCUAGAAAAAUGAAGGUUAGAAAUGUUUUAUAGGAAGUAAAGAAUACAUAACAAAAGCUGUAUAAUAUUACAAACUCAUAUAUUGAGUUAUCAGCAUUUACUAGGACACCACCGUGUCAUGCAGUUAAUGACAACUCUAAACUCAUCAAGCCAUCUGUAUACAAUCAAUUGUUUGACACAUAUCUAUAUGUGCUCCCAAUUGAAGGACACAUUUAAAGAAGACGAUAAAUGAUAAGUAAGAGUGAAGGAUGCCAUGCGGAAGGCUGACGGCAGAGAGGUCAAGAUUGCGUGUUCGAUCUGCCGUAUUGACAUCGAUGAAGAUGAUGAGAAUGAAAAAAAAGAAGAGAAAGAGACUACGGGAGAUUUGCCAUUAUCAAUUGGAGACAAUGACAAACCAGAUACGGUGAUGACAAAUGAAAAUAACUUGUUUAUAGAUACAAGUGAUAGAAAAUGUUCAUCAACUCUACAAAUUCCUCAAGAUUCUCAGAAUUUCUAUCAAUCUAAUGGUCAUGUUUCUGAUGUCUCUGGAGACUCGCAGAGAAUUUCUGGAUGGUAUUUUUCAUCAGACAAUACCAAUAAUUCAUCUUCUAACACUUUAGAGACUCAUGAACCAUCUCCGGUAUUUACAAAUAAUCAAACAGGUGACAUAAGAAGAUCUAGUGUCACAAGUAUGGCAAUAACAUCUAGUCUUGCUACAAGUCUUGUUGGAAUUUCUUCAGUAGUUCCGCAAAAAAUGUUUAAAAAAGAUACAACAUCACGUGUACGAUCACCAUCCAAUGGAUCAAUUUAUUCAACAAAUAUCAAUGAUGAUACUGGCCUUGAUGAUGUUACUACACGUACUCUGUCAUCAAGAAGAAAGUCCAAGUUACCACUUCUACGUCUACAUAUGCCUCAACCACAUUCUUGGUCCAAUUUUACAGCAUCUUCUGAUCCUGAUGAACGUAUUCAUCAUGAUAAUCACCAUCAUUAUCAUUUUCCACACAUUCCGGUACCAACGUUUAGCUUCACCAGCGACGGACCCGGUCGCAAAUUCAGCUUUGGCAUAAGACGACAUUCGCAGAUGACUCUUCAUCGAACUGACUCGAUGGUGUCGUUGUGUUACCGGUCACUUGCUAAUUUCAUCACUGAAGAUAAUUUCAGUGCUUUUCAAAGUUUUCUUGAAAAUAAAAGAAUACCUAUUGAUGAUCGUGAUGAGAAUGGCACUACAGCUCUCAUCUUUGCAGCAUCUAAAGGCAAACUUCAAUUUGUCCGUGAACUCAUUAACCAUGGUGCCGAUGUCAAUGCUGAGGAUGCAGAUAACUGGACAGCACUAUUAUGUGCUGCCAAAGAAGGACAUACAGAAGUCUGUCUCGAAUUACUGGAUCACGGAGCAAAUCUGGAGCAACGAGAUGUUGGUGGAUGGACAGCACUCAUGUGGGCCACCUACAAAGAGAGAACAGCAACGGUAAUGUUGCUUUUAUCUCGUGGUGCAGAUGUAAAUGCUCAUGGAAAUUAUCAUAUAUCAUCACUACUAUGGGCUUCAGGAAGAGGUUAUGCUGAAAUUGUAAAAGAACUAAUUGUUCAUGGAGCUAAAGUUAAUGUAGGAGAUAAAUAUGGAACAACUGCUUUAGUUUGGGCAGCCAGAAAAGGAAAUAUAGAAAUUGUUGAUACUCUUUUGAAAGCUGGCGCUAAUGUUGAUACUGCUGGAAUGUAUUCUUGGACUCCUUUGAUUGUUGCAACGCUCGGUAAUCAUGUGGAUGUGGUUAUGCUACUACUUGAUCACAAACCAAACGUUAAUGCACUUGAUAAAGAUGGUUAUACAGCGUUAGCGAUCGCUUGUAGAGAAGGAUAUCAUGAAAUUGUCAGUGCCUUGCUCAAUUGUGGAGCUUAUAUUAAUAUACAAGAUCGAGCUGGUGAUACUAAUUUGAUUCAUGCAGUCAAAGGAGGUCAUCGAAGUGUAGUUGAGGCACUUUUGAAAAAAUAUGCUGAUGUUGAUAUACCAGGAAAAGAUAGGAAAACUGCCAUAUACAUUGCAGUAGAAAAGGGCAAUGUUCCAAUAUUAAAAAUAUUAUUAGGUGCUAAUCCUGAUCUUGAAAUACCCACCAAAGAUGGAGAUACUCCUUUACUACGUGCUGUAAGAUCGAGAAAUGCUGAAAUUGUACAAUUAUUAUUAGAUAAAAAAGCUAAAGUGAGUGCUACUGAUAGAAAGGGAGACACUGUAUUACAUAUUGCUAUGCGUGCACGAUCAAAAGCAAUUGUGGAAAUUUUAUUAAGAAAUCCAAAACACAGUCAGUUACUUUAUCGUCCUAAUAGACAUGGAGAAACUCCAUAUAAUAUUGAUCUUAAACAUCCAAAGACAAUUUUAGGACAAAUUUUCGGUGCUCGACGGCUUAAUACUAAUGAAGAUAACGAAAAUAUGUUGGGUUAUGAUUUAUAUAGCAGUGCUUUGGCUGAUAUUUUAAGUGAGCCAUCACUUUCUACUCCAAUUACUGUAGGACUGUAUGCCAAAUGGGGAUCUGGCAAGUCAUUUUUACUUAACAAAUUACGUGAAGAGAUGAAGAAUUUUGCACGUCAAUGGAUUGAUCCUGUGUUUCAAUUUUCUACACUGCUGUUAGUUGUCGUUAUGCAUAUAUCAGUUUUAAUUGGAACUAUUGCAGGAUUAGCUGUACAAUCAUGGAUAUUAGGUGUUGCAUUAGGAGUUUCAGUAUUGACGACAGUUUAUAUUUUUCUUGGACUAGUUUGGUAUGCAAAUAACCGAUACGACUGGAAUUGGCCGUAUAAUUUUACGGUUGCACUUACAGUUAAGCUCAAUUCAUUAAGACUAUUACUACAAGUGAUUUUUUGUCUUCCUCCUAGUAGUCAACUGAAUGAUGGCCUAACAAUACAACCGAUUAAAUUUUAUUUUACUGAUCAAACACGAGUAGGAACAACAACAGCUGGUGAAAAUGCUGUUGUUCAAAUGGUUGGAUCAUUAUAUGAUUCAAUUGAAAGUGAUUUUGGAUCUUUUGCCACGAGGUUAUACAGAGCUUUUAGACCGAAGGCCAUUAAAACAACUACCUCUUGGAAGUGGAGACAAUUAUGUUGCUUGCCUUAUGUAGUUAUUUUUGAAUUUUGCUUAUGUAGUCUACUUGUUGGUAUAUCUACACUUACAUUAUAUUUUAUAGACAAUUAUAGUAUUGAAAGAACCAUAGAUCCCACGACAGCCCAUAUUAUUAUGAUAACUGUAGCUCUUUUGUUAGCCUUCAGUGUCAUUGCUAAUUUAUACACGUGGAGUAGAACAUUGAAAGCAUUAAUAUUCUCACAGCGAAGACAUUUACAACGGAAUAUUGCAAAAUUAGAUUCUCUUAAGAGUGAAGGAUUUUUACAAACUCUUAAAUCUGAAGUGAGCUUAAUGACCGAUAUGGUUAAGUGCCUGGAUAGUUUUACUUCUCAACAAAGUAGGCUAGUAUUAAUAGUCGAUGGAUUGGACAGUUGUGAACAAGAUAAAGUUCUAUUAGUACUUGAUGCAAUGCAGGCACUUUUCAGUGAUAAUGGAUGUCCAUUUGUUAUUAUUUUAGCAAUUGAUCCACACAUUAUUGCUAAAGCUGUUGAAGUUAAUAGUCGUCGACUUUUUACUGAAUCAAAUAUUGGCGGUCAUGAUUAUUUACGUAAUAUGGUCCACGUGCCUUUUUAUCUUCAGAACAGUGGACUGCGUAAAGUUAAAGUUGCCCAACAAAGUGCUCAACAUUACAAAAAAAUGACUUGGUGUGAAGCUGAUGAGAAUGUUAAUUACGCAACAACAAGCGCUAUUCAUCAUCCAGUGUCUAGUAGACGUUUAAGUACAGAAUCGAGUGUAAUGAAUAGCAAUGAGAAAUUAAAACCACCGAGUCGGAAGGGUAGCCGAAAGAUGCGAUUGAGUGAAUCUAUUGCCAGCAGCAUUGGUAGUAAUUUAAAUCGCUUAGGAGGUGCUCAAGAUUUAAAUAAAAUGCUGUUGACUGAUGAUUACUUCAGUGAUGUUAAUCCACGUAGUAUGCGACGUUUGAUGAAUGUUGUUUAUGUUACAGGAAGACUAUUAAAAGCAUUCCAGAUUGACUUCAACUGGUAUCAUUUAGCUAGUUGGAUCAAUAUUACUGAGCAGUGGCCUUUUAGAACUUCUUGGAUGAUUCUUCACUAUGAAAUGUAUGAAGACACUUUUGAAGAUUCAAUAUCUUUGAAGGCAUUGUAUGAUAAAGUUCGUCCACAAAUUCCAGUACUUAAAGACGUUCAACCUCUCUUAGAAAUGGAUAGAGAUGAACGUAAGCUCGAUGUUUUUCUAACAUUUCAUCGCUCCAGUCUUCUAAUUAGUGAUAUGAGAAUAUUCUUGCCAUUUACUAUUAAUCUUGAUCCUUACAUAAAAAAGAAAAUAAAAGAAGAGCAACAAAGUAUUGAAGAAGAUGUUCAUUUAGGAAUAUAUAAAAAUCAAUGGCAAAAGACAAAUGACUCAUGGAUUCCAAAUAGAACUAAUUUGACAAAUCGUCAUGCUAAAUUAGUCAAAACUCCAAGUUUAUCUGGACCACCAUUCCCACCAUUAGGACCUUGGGCUAUUCCUCCAGUCUAUGAUUGGCAUCAACCUUGGGUCCAAAUACCACCAAUUGAACCUCCAAUUAAACCUCUUCCAGUGGCUACUACUUUGCCAUCGGAAAUUCUUGAAAUAAGAUUGUCAAAUUUAUCUGUCAAUAAUAUUUGUGACCUUCUGUCAAAAAUUGAUGAAUUAAACCCUAAUAAAUUAGAGAGCUAUAAGAAUAUAGUUAGAGAAAAUAAUAUAACUGGAAAAGUCUUGUUACACUGUGAUUUAUCAGAAUUGAAACAAGUACUUAAUAUGACUUUUGGUGACUGGGAGAUUUUUCGAAUAGUUAUUGUAUCACUUCGAGAACAGGAACGAUCAGUAUUUUCAGUUUGUGAAGAAGGUCCACGUAGUGUACGAUUUACUGUACGACCCGAACCAAAUAACCGCAAAGAAACAAGAGAGUCUCAAAGUAGUUCUCAAAUAUAUUCCACUCAUGGAGAUAAAGAAAAGCCCACAAGUCGAACAGAUGGAUCAUCAAGACGUGAUCCAACAAAACAUUCAAUAAUGGAAAAGCAGGUGACUCUAGAAGAACAGAUGAUCUGUGGAGCUCUUCAAACCUUGAACGAAGAGGCUUGUGAAGAUGUUUUGGAUGUACCGUCACCCACUGUAGUACCUCCAGACUCACUUCCAGGUGGUCGAGCACGAUCUGUCAGUAUUACAACUGCCCCCGACACUGACUACGUAUUGCUUCAGCCAUCACCUAUUUAUCAUUGGGUACCAGUUCAUGAUGAUCCUGAAAGUUCUGAUGAUAGUUCUCAUGAAUCAGCAUUAAAUUUACAUCGUUCCAAUUCACAACGAAGUAUUACCUCCCAAAGAAGUUUUAAAUCUACUUAUUCUCAUAAUAAUCGUACUAGAAAAAGAAGCACAAACAUCAACAGCCGUCCAAGCUCCCUUCUAAUAUCACCUCCAGCAUCUCCAAGGCCUGCUUAUCGUUCCAAGUCAACUGAUGAUUAUGCUGCCAAUGAUGUGGCUGUUAAACAAAUCCCAGCUGUUACUCUAUCCAAUAUGCGACAUUCAACUCCAACUAUUGCUGAUGAUAUAAAAAUUGUUGUACCAACGGUUCCUACAAAUUUCGACAAAUUAAAUAAACUUAAAGAUCGUUUGAUUGGAACAACAUCAUCCAAUCAAUCACCUGCUGGUGAAAGUGACGACGAAUCUACUCCUCUUGUGUCUGAACUCUCAACACCAUCACACACACAAUCUGAUAGUGUUUUUACUCACGCAUUUAGUCCAGAAAGUGAUAUGUCUCCAGUGUCAAUUAAGAGUCUUCCACAGACAGGAGAAAGAGCUAUAGAUUUAGAUUAUUGUGAUUCUGCAAGCCUCGUAAUUCACGAAUCUUCUGACUCAAGAGCACUAGCUCGACAAAACGCUGAAGACUGGGAUAGUCCAGAGACGCCAGUGUAAAUGAAUAUAAUAUUUUAUGUUUUUUAUUUCACCUUAAUGCUUCACCUUGAUAAGUUAUUACACUGCUCAAAAAUAUUUAGAAGUGUUUCGAAAUUUCUAUAGAUAAGAUAAUGAGGUUCUAUUUGUUCUUUAAGACCUUGAUAAUUGCACAGUGAUAAGAAGCACAUGGAUUUUAAUUAGAUAGACAAAUUAAUUUUUUUCUUUUUUUCAUAUUUAUUAUUUAUCGUUCCUUUACAUGUUGUAUUACAUGUAAAGGCUAAAAAAGAACUCUUAGGAAACGUACUAUAGUCAAUGUAUGUUUAAUUAAAUCAAUUGUACUACUUAAAAUAUGUGAUAUAUCGUUAUAAAUACGUUAGAGUGCCUUAAUUAAAUACGAAUAAGGAGAA